CACGACCCCUCCAUGGCCAUCAUGACUUUCUUCCUCGUCGCAUUCCACAAGACAUUGAUCUCUCCUCCUUAUCACUCACGUCACUGUAACCCACAAUGGCACCCAUUCAUCGCGUAGCCGUCAUCCAAUGGAACAUCCAGGAUCUCGCCAUCGAGGAAAACCACCGCAAAGCAUGCGAUUACAUCCGCGAAGCCGCAGCCCAAGGUGCUGAACUUGCCGUUCUCCCAGAAUACCACCUCAACGGCUGGGCCCCCUCCGACCCCCUCUGGCUCGACCAUGCGGCCUCCACCCAGCAAUACCUGCAAGCCUACCAAGCCCUUGCCCGCGACCUACACAUCUGCAUCGUUCCCGGCACGAUCGUCGAACGGCACGAGCCGCAGCCCGCCACGACGACCACCACCACCACCAAUUCCAACAAGGCCGAAAGCAAAAAAGACGCCCUCCUCUACAACACCGCGUACUUCAUCUCCCACGACGGCCGCAUCCUGGGCCACUACCGCAAGAAGAACAUCUGGCACCCGGAGCGCGAGUACCUGACGUCAUCCGGGGAGGAGCCGCACGAGGUGUUCGACACGCCGCUGGGGAAGGUGGGGCUGCUGAUCUGUUGGGAUCUGGCGUUCCCGGAGGCGUUCCGCGAGUUGAUUUCCAAGGGCGCGGAGCUGGUGAUUUUGCCGACUUUUUGGAGUCGCUACGACGCCUCGCCCGCGAUGCUGAAACAUAACCCGGAGUCGGAGAAGCUGUUCCUCGAGACGACCCUCACGGCGCGGUGCUUUGAGAAUACCUGCGGGAUCAUCUUUGCCAAUGUCGCGCGGGGCCAGGACCCGGAGGACAAGUUCAUGGGCCUCUCGCGGGUGGUGUUGCCGGUGGUGGGACCGGUGGGGCAGAUGGGCGACGAGGAAGGGGUGCUGGUGGUGGAUAUGGAUUUGGGGUUGGUGAGGAUCGCGGAGGAGAAUUACAAGGUCCGCGAGGAUAUGGAGAGGGAGGGCUGGCAUUAUACGUAUAGACACUCUUCGAUUGCGUGAACUGUCUGUUAUUAGAGGAUUAACAUGGAUGGUUGAGGUGGAGUCGAAAGCUGUUUCAAACUUGUGUACGUU